GGUAUGGAUCUCUGGCGUCUGCUCAUGACCUUGGUACUGGCAGGCUCAAGUGAUGCUUUUUCUGGAAGUGAGGCCGCACCAGCUAGCCUUGCCAGAGCGUCCCAGAGUCUGCAAAGAGUUAAUUCAGGCCUAUGGACAAAUUCUUCUGGGAAGCCUAAAUUCACCAAGUGCCGUUCACCUGAACUAGAGACUUUUUCAUGCCACUGGACAGAUGGGGUUCACCGUGGUUUAAAGAGCCCAGGAUCCAUACAGCUGUUCUAUAUUAGAAGGAGCACUCAAGAAUGGACUCAAGAAUGGAAAGAAUGCCCAGAUUAUGUCUCUGCCGGAGAAAACAGCUGUUACUUUAAUUCAUCCUAUACCUCGAUUUGGACACCCUACUGUAUCAAGCUAACUGAAAAUGGUGGUAUGGUGGAUCAAAAGUGUUUCUCUGUUGAGGAAAUAGUGCAACCAGAUCCACCCACUGGCCUCAACUGGACUUUACUGAACAUCAGUUUAACCGGGAUUUAUGCAGAUAUCCAAGUGAGAUGGGAACCACCACCCAAUGCAGAUGUUCAGAAGGGAUGGAUAGUUCUGGAGUAUGAACUUCAGUACAAAGAAGUAAAUGAAACUCAAUGGAAAAUGAUGGCCCCUUUAUUGUCAACGUCAGUUCCAGUGUACUCUUUGAAACUGGAUAAAGAAUAUGAAGUGCGUUUGAGAUCCAGACAACGAAACUCUGAAAAAUAUGGCGAGUUCAGUGAGGUGCUCUCUGUAACACUUCCUCAAAUGAUCCCAUUUGCAUGUGAAGAAGAUUCCCAGUUUCCAUGGUUCUUAAUUAUCAUCUUUGGAAUAUUUGGGCUCACAGUGAUGCUAUUUGUAUUCAUAUUUUCUAAACAGCAAAGGAUUAAGAUGCUGAUUUUGCCCCCAGUUCCAGUUCCAAAGAUUAAAGGAAUUGAUCCAGAUCUCCUCAAGGAAGGAAAAUUAGAGGAAGUGAACACAAUCUUAGCCAUUCAUGAUAACUAUAAACCUGAAUUCCACAACGAUGACUCUUGGGUUGAAUUUAUUGAGCUAGAUAUUGAUGACCCUGAUGAAAAGCCUGAAGGAUCAGAUACAGACAGACUUCUAAGCAAUGACCAUCAGAAAUCACUUAAUAUCCUUGGGGCAAAGGACGAUGACUCUGGUCGUACCAGCUGUUAUGAACCUGACAUUCUGGAGACUGAUUUCAAUGUCAGUGACAUAUGUGACGGUACCGCAGAGGUUGCUCGGCCACAGAGGUUAAAAGGGGAAGCAGAUCUCUUGUGCCUUGACCAGAAGAAUAAAAAUAACUCACGUUCUCAUGAUGCUUCCGCUGCUACUCAUCAGCCUAGUGUUAUCCUAGCAAUGGAAAGCAAACCACAACCAUUUCUCACUGAUGGAACUGAGUCAACUCAUCACACUGCCCAUGCCCAGCCAAGCAAUCCAAGUUCACUGGCAAACAUGGACUUUUAUGCCCAAGUAAGUGACAUCACACCAGCAGGGAGUGUGGUCCUUUCCCCGGGCCAAAAGAAUAAGGCAGGGAUAUCCCAGUGCAACAUGCAUCCAGAAGUGGUCUCACUCUGCCAAGCAAAAUUCAUCAUGGACAACGCCUACUUCUGCGAGGCAGAUGCCAAAAAGUGCAUCACUGUGGCUCCUCACAUGGAAGUUGAAUCACAUGUAGAGCCAAGCUUUAAGCAGGAGGACAUUUACAUCACCACGGAAAGCCUUACCACUACUGCUGGGAGGGCUGGGACAGCAGAGCACGUUCUGAGUUCUGAGAUGCCUGUCCCAGACUACACCUCUAUUCAUAUAGUACAAUCUCCACAGGGCCUGGUACUCAACGCAACUGCCUUACCCUUGCCUUUGCCUGACAAAGAGUUUCUGUCAUCAUGUGGCUAUGUGAGCACAGACCACCUGAACAAAAUCAUGCCGUAGCCUUUCUUUGAUUUCCCAAGAGCUACAUAUUUAAUGGCAAAGAAUUAGCUGGGGCAUGAAUGCUUAAACCAAAACAAUGUCUAAACUUUUUGGGGGUGGGAGUGGGGAUUGGAGGGUGGGGUGAGGAUUCUAAAUGCCUUUUCCUGAAAUGUUGAAACAUGAUAUUAAGAAGAAAAAAUGAGAAGAAUGUUUAAUCAGAUAGAAAUUCCUGUUGUGAAUUGUAAAUAUUUUUAAAGAAUUGUCUCAAAGACUAUUUAGUGGCAGUGAUUGUCUUGUUAUUGUGGGUGUUAAUUUUGUGACAGUAAGCUUUGAAUGGCUAUGUUUUUAAUGUAUAGUAAAUCAUGCUUUUUGAAAAAGCAAAAAAUCAGGUGGAUUUGCAGUUCAGGAAAAUUGAAUGCAAAUCAUAGCACAGGCUAACUUUUUUCUUUUUUAAAUAAUUGGGAACUAAAACUAUAGGUAAGAAGGCAAAAAUACUUUGGAUAUAUAAAACAUUUAUUUUGACAUAAAAUUGAUAAAGAUAUUUUUAAUAAUGUAGACUUCAAGCAUGGCUAUUUUAUAUUACACUACACACUGUGUACUGUAGUUCAUGAUGACCCAUAUGAGGAAUGCAGCAACUACAGUCUAAAACUGGUUUAAUGCUUUGACCAAUGUACCUAAAGAAAAACAAACAAGUUAGUUUUUUACAGUCCCUUUUUAUACCUCUCCAAACUCCUUAAACAAUUCUAAAAUGAUUGUAGUAAACUACAUUAUUGGAACUUACUCAUUUUACCCGAAAUUUUAAACAGAUAUUUGUUAAUUUAGAAAACUUUAAAAUGUUUGCACAAAUCAGCUUACCAUGAGCAAAAAAAAAAAAAAAAAACCCUUUCUUUACCAAAUUUUGGUUCAUGCCAGAUAGCUACAUGCUAACGGAUGUGGAAAUAACAGCUGGUUCAUA